AUGCAGCUCAUCUAUGGCGGCCAGCCAUUCAUCUUCGAGAAGACUCUGAAACUGUCCACGGGCGAGGAGAAGCGCUACUGGCGCUGCAAUCAAUGGUGGAAUCAGAAGUGCCGAUCCCGAGUGUUCACAAUCAACGACAUUGUAUGUCCACUGAAUCGAUUCCACACGCACGAGGAGAUUGUGCGACGGAAGAAGCGAGUGAGGCGUAUCCAACCCGCGCAGGAGCAGAGCAAUGCGAAUGCCAAGACGUAUUCCACAGCAGCCGCAUCUAGGCAAGAACAGCAGCAACAGGUGCAGGUGCAGCACGACCAACAGCAACAACAGCAGCACCUUCACCACACGCAGCAGCUGUCGAGCGAUGCGAUGCUGGGCACAGCGCUGAGUGACGAGGCAGCGGGCACCAUCGACGUCAACGACCUGGGCAUGCAUUUAAAGUACGAGGAGAUCGUGGCCGACGUGACGGGCAUUGUGGGAGGACAUACGAAUGCGCGCGUGCUGAGUCGCAAGAAGUGAGCACGAACGGGACGAGCACAAGCAAAAGAAGAAGGACAAGGAGAAGGGUGUCUGUAGUUCGUAAUAAUUAAAGUGUCUAUUAAUACAUUCUAGCUUCUAUAGUGCAUGUACACAUUACACAUUAUUCAAGUAAACGCAAUUUUAAUAAACUUAGCUAAGGCUUCAACAGCAA